UUAACAUUCAGAUACAAGGCAGAACGAACUUGGUAGCAGACAGUAGUAGUAAAAGUGUUGUUCUCGGUGAAAAUGAGUUGGUUAAGAUUCGGUUUGGUUUUACAAUUAAUAAUAUGCCCGGUUUUUUGUCAAUUUGUUUUUCCUGAUGUAAUUAUUCAAGCAUACAAUCCAAAAGGGUUAAGGAUAUAUGUUGAAGCUAGACCAGAUAUAAAAUUAUUUGUAUUCGAAGGAAAAAUUAAUGAAAAAAUUGAAGGAACUGCUCCUGGUGAUAUUUCAGUGGACAUAAAGACACCAACAGAUGGAAAAUUCAGUUAUUACGAUGGCGAUUUACAAUUAAAUGUUGGAGAUACGAUUUAUUAUUGGGUUUAUGUCCAAUCAGAUAAAGCCGGUUUUACUAGAUUAGACCGAUCUUGGAAAGUUACAAGUUUAUUAAAUCCACAACAAGAUUGUAUGGAUACCCGAACUGUAGUUGCCGGAUCCGGAAAACCAAUAUGUCAAGGAAAUAUAAUUUUUGAAGACGACUUUUCAAACGGAGUCAUUGAUAGUUCCUUAUGGAGUGUUGAGCAAUACAUUCCAUUAUAUACCGAAGAUAAUUAUGAAUUUGUUUCUUAUCAAGAUAUUAAUCAAUGCAGAUUUGUUAGGGAUUCUAAAUUAUUUUUAAAACCGAUUAUAGUUGGCGAAAAUGACAUUUUAGGAACUUUAGAUUUAACGAAAGGCUGUACAAGAUCCAAUAAACAUGCUUGUUUUCACCAACAAAUCGGAUCCAAUAUUAUUCCUCCGAUUAAAUCCGGAAAAAUCGUUUCAAAACUUGCUUUCAAAUAUGGAAAGGUUGAAAUAAGAGCUAAAGUUCCGGUUGGUGAUUGGAUUUAUCCUCAAAUCGAAUUAGUUCCUGAUGAUCCUUCAAAACAAUACCCGAAAUUCUUGAUAGCUUAUACAAGAGGAAACGAAAGAUUAACAUUAGUCAACGGAUUCGAUCUUGGUUCAACAUUACUUUUUGGGGGAUACGCAAAUUCGUCGCAAGAACCCGAAAGAAGCACAAGUUUACCAUCUAUUAGGGUUACAAGUCCAAUUGGAUCGGAUAUGAACGUUUUUACUUUAAUUUGGUCACCCAAUCAAAUCGAGUUGUUAUUAAACGGUGAAGUUUACGGAACCAUUCCCAAAUCAUUUAAUUUAGACAAUUAUCGAAUUUCACUGGGAGUUGGUGUUGGUGGUAAUGUUGAUUUUCCCGAUGGGGUUUUAUCGGGAAGUUUUCGAAAACCAUGGAGAAAUAAUGUUAUUAAACAGGCAAAAGCCUUUUUCGAUGAAAAAAGUACGUGGGCUAGCACGUGGAAAGGUGACGACGUCGCUCUUCAAGUAGAUUACGUUAAAGUUUAUGCAAUAUAAGAAGUUUUAAAUUAUCUUUGCUGAAAGGAAAGCAGUAAUUAAAGAAUAUGUACUUCACUAAAAAUUCUUCAAAAUAAUACCUGUUUCGACUAGAAUGUUAUGUAAUUUUUUUAAUAAAACAAAAAGUUUCUUUA